AGUACAUUAGAGCGCUGAGUAUGAAUUGUGACGGCUUUUUCGAGUUGGAGAAAAGUCGGAUAGAUUACCGCAGUUACAGGUAUAUCGAAUUAGACAAUGGCCUGAGGGCUAUAUUGGUAUCCAACCUAAAGCCUGGGGAAGAAGCACCCGAUGACUCCUUGUCGGAUUCAGAUCUUGAAAGUAAUAAUUCGGAAAGCUUGGAGGACGAAGAUGUUGAUAUUGAAGAAAACCCUAUCAGUGACCAGGAGGCAAAGGCAAGAUUGAAUUAUUUGUCUAUCGUUGUUUUGUGAAUGUGAAGAAACUAGGCUUUACCGAGGAAGUUUAGGUGAUCACCUACCAUGGUAAAUGGUAUCCUCAAGAGACUGUUAGUUCUUGAAUUUACAUCCAAAUUGGUAAAUAUUUCAAUGUGGAUAGUACUUUUCGUCGUAGGUUAUUAGAAAUUGCUUCACACAGCCGUAUCUUUAUGUUAAUACUAACAAAACGUAAGACCAUAAUCUCUGUUAGCUAAUAUUAUAAGCUAUGCUUGAUGAAAUUUUAGGCGGUUGAAUCGCACAGUCCCCAGAAUUAAUAUUUGGAGUGUCUUGUCACAAAAAAUGCAGUUCCAACAUAAUUAUCUACUUAGCAGCGUCAUGUAACUUGAUCAUCUUUUCACCAAGUUUAGUGAAUAAUGUGUAGUGAAAGCGUCUGGGGAUAAUGUGUCGAUAACGUUUGAAAAUUGUUCCUUAUGAUAUCCUCAAAGGUAAACAUUAUAGUUCAGGUCUCUCUUGUUGGACUGCAACGAAUAUGAGAAUAAACAUCUGGAUUUGAAACAUGUUCCCCCAAAAUGUUCUAAUCGUUAACAUGUUAAUGUGGAAAAAGGUAUUUAAAACCGAAUUUUUAAUACUUCGGCCAGUCUUAUGAAACAAGUCAUUGUUUGUGAUUGGAAACAUUAAUGUAAGAUCACUAUUUAUUAAAAGACACUGACGGUAGCUGUGAUGAAAGCGUACUGAUACACUUUUACACUUUUACUGGGAUUAGUUCCUAAAAAAUAAUGUUCAAACCAUCUAACCAGAAUUUUUGUACUGAUUUGUAUUUCAUAAUUGUCAUCGUGUGUUUACUUCAUUCGUCAACAUCUGCAAAUAAAAGAAGUAAUUAUUUUAAUUUCUGGUCAGUAAUUGAUACAAAACAAAAAAUCGAGGACUUUGUUUAAUUUUUUGAAAUUUAUUGUCUUUAAAUUUAUAUCACAUUACGCAGAAAGUACUUGAUGUAAGCAAAGAUGUGUAAUAUGUUCAAAUUAAGCUUUAUGCAUGGUCUAAUAUUGGACAUCAAAACCUCUUCAAAGGUCAACACACACUACCUCAAUGUAUUUUUUAAUAUCUAGCUCAAACCUUAAACCACAAUCAAGACAAAAACCUUACUUGACUGGUUCGUUUACCUUUAAUCUUAUCUUUCCAAACCCUGCUUAUCGUAACUCCUAAGCUGACAGAAUGCUAGUUAGAUUCAGUAUCCCAAUUUUAUAUAUCGAAAAUAAAAAUAACUACAGGAUCUUUAAAGUAUUAAUCCAUGGCUAACAUCCGUUAGUGGUAAACAUUAGUUCCAUCACCGGGGAUCUAGUAAUCCGGUUGUGAUAUUAAUUUCUUACCAAGAAAAAGAUUCACUUAUAACAUUCGACAUACUUUCAGCGUUGGCUGGCUUUGAUUCUCUUAAAGUAUCUUAAUUAUUGUACUUCAAGAGCAAGUGAUUUCUUUUAUUUCUCUUAGUUCCCUUGUGGAAAAGCAAUCAUUUUGGCUAGGUGUCAAGGCAUCCUUAUGCUAUUUGCUUUUUAUACACAAAGAAAGCUUUUGAAUAGUUAAAAGUAGUUAGUUUAUUGUUUGGAUAAAUUUCCCAAGAAUCAAAAGAGCUUUAGAGACAAUUAGUCUUGUAUUUAAUAAUUUCGCAUUCUAAUUAUUAAAGCAGUAUAUAUGACAGAGUCAAUAGUCUUCUUCAUAAGAAGAACUGUUAGCAAAUAAACCGCAAUAGUCAUACUUCUUUUAGCCACUUAAUACGGAAACUUUUAUUAUUAGUCACGUCAGCUACUUUCUAAUCUCGGUGUUGAAAGUGCUCACUAUUUUUGUAGCUUAACUUGUAAUAUGUUGUGUUUUGAAUUCCUCAGUCUGCUGCUGCAUUGUGCAUUAAAGUGGGAAGUUUCUCAGAUCCAGUAGAAGCUCAGGGCUUAUCACAUUUUUUGGAGCAUAGUAAGUUUUAUUAAGCUAAUACUGUUGAAAACUUUGUGUACUUCUAUGUAUAUUUUAUGCUUGUAAGAAGUACCGACUCCUCAUAUUUUCUCACUUCUUGAAUCACCAUUACUCAAAGUGUCAAUCCAAGAAAGUAAUUGGCUCAGACCAGACCAUAUAAGAACUUGUUUGUUUUCCAUUGUUUAAUAAUGAUUAUUAUUUGUGUACAUCAGUUUUGAUGAUAUUAUAGUUUACUACACAACGGCAUAAUUCUUCGACUUAUCACGUACCUAACUGUUAAUAGCUUACAUUUACAAAAUAUUACCUAAUGUUUCUUUGUAUAAAUCUGUCAGGAGUAUACUGUUUUGAUUCAAGUAAAGCGUAUCCAUGGUAAACAAUCGUGUAAUUUGUACUGUAAGACGAAUUUACUUAAGGAUUAAUAUACUAUUUGAUACAAAUCAACAUUUAAUAAUAUUACACAUAUAUUGAUUUUUUUUCUUUACAGUGGUAUUUAUGGGUAGUUUAAAAUAUCCAACAGAGAAUGAUUUUGAUGCAUAUCUUAGUCAGCGUGGUGGAACUAAUAAUGCUUGGACAGGGAAUGAAUACACCUUAUUUCAUUUCGAUGUAAAACGUAAACAUUUUGCUAGUUGCCUUGAUAAAUUUGCCAACUUUUUCAUUUCACCACUUUUAAGCAAAGAUAGCACAGAUCGUGAGAUAAAUGCAGUUAAUAGCGAAUUCGAACUGGCAUACACCAAGGAUUCUUCACGACUCCACUAUUUAAUUGGUCAUUUGUCUCGUAAAGAUUCUCCUUACAAACUGUUCGGUUAUGGCAAUUGUAAAUCGCUACGUGAAAUCCCGGAACAAAAUGGUACUGAUAUUUAUUCACUUUUAAAUAAACAUCGAAAGAAUUUUUAUUCUUCUGAUCGAAUGACACUUGCUGUACAGUCGAAACAUCAUUUAGACGAUCUGGAAGUAUUGGUACGAAAAAUUUUCUCUGAUAUACCAAGAAUUGGACUACCUGUGACAAACUUUCAAUGUGUUGAACCAUUCGAUGUGAAUUCAUUUGCUAAAUUAUACAAAGUUUGUCCUUUGAGUGUAAAAGAGAAAAUACGUAUUGUUUGGAUUCUUCCUCCACAAAUCAAUAAUUAUGAAUCAUCUCCAAUGGAAGUAUUAUCUUCCCUUAUUGGCCAUGAAGGUAGAGGAAGUGUAUUGGCCUUACUUAAAAAGGAAAAUCUUGCCGUUUCACUUAGCGCGGGCGUUACUUGUACAUCAGAUUUUGAUAAUUCUAGUUUAUGUACAAUUUUUAUGGUUAAUAUUCAACUUACUGAUUAUGGUCGUGAUCAUAUUUUUCAAGUUUGUGGAAUAUUAUUUGAUUAUGUAAAAAUUCUACUGUACUCAGCGUUAAAUUCUACAUCGAUAUCUUUAAUGAAUGGUGGUUUAGAAGGUAAUAAUAAUAAUAAUGGUGAACGCGUUCAUACAAAUCACUGUCAUAAACAUACGUUCGCUACAUAUCUACCAGAAUAUCAAAUGGUUAAAACAGCUAAUUUUCUAUAUACAGAACCGGAAGAAGCUGAAGAUACAGUGGUUAAUCUAGCCAAUAUGUUACAUCUUGUUAAAUGUGAACAUGUUUAUUCUGGUUACAGGCUAUUAAAAAAGCCAAAUAUAGAAUUGUACAUUGACCUAUUGAAAUUGAUGACACCAAAUCGUGCAGCUAUAUUCUUUCUGUCAUCAACGUUUGCAUCUUCAGUGAAAGAUGAUGAAUCAAGAUUAGAACAUGAACCAUGGUUUAAUGUAGCUUAUCAAAAAGAAGAUAUACCUGAACAUAUCAUGAACGGUUGGAUCCAUUCAAAACCAGACGACGAACAAUUACAUCUUCCCUAUGAAAAUAAAUUUUUGACAACGGAUUUUAGUUUAUUGGAUUCAAAAACUGAUAUGAAGCAACCUGUGGAUUUAAACUUGGAACCUGGUGCAGAAUCACGUCUAAAAUAUGGUCAUUUAUGGUUUCAACAAAGUACUCGUUUCAAAUGUCCUAAAGCUUCUGUAAUGAUCCAUCUUUGGUCGGAUAUUGUGUCUAAAACAAAAGAAACCAUGGCAUUGCAUACAUUGAUGGUAUAUGGUUUAAAUCAAUCAUUGAGUACAAUCACCUAUGAAGCUGGUGAAGCAGAUCUAGUACAAGAUGUAGCGUUUCGUGAUAAUGGCUUACGUAUUUGUGUUAGCGGUUUUAGUGAAAAAUUGUUUUGUUUUUAUUCAACUAUACUUGAUCAUAUAUUGGAUCAAACACAAGAUUUAUCUAAAGAAUAUUUUGAAUCAUAUCGUGAUGCUGUACUUCAAAUUUAUUAUAAUGAAGCACUUAAACCAAAUGUACUCAAUACUCAUCUUCAAUUUUAUCUUCUUCGUAAAGAAGCUUAUCUAAUUACAGAUUUAUUGAGUGCACUGAAAAAUUUGUCAGUUGCUGAUGUCGCUGCCUAUAAACAACAAUUUUUGUCCACUUUACAUAUUACUAUUUAUGCUUAUGGUAAUAUAACAAGACAGGAUGCCAUUUCUUUCUUUGAUUAUACAGUGGAAAAGAUCCGACCUAUCCCUAGAUCCACAAGAAAAUUGAUUGAUACCUCAAUCUUAGAUCCAGGUACAUAUUAUCUACGUGUUAUGAAUUGUAAUCCAAACGAUGUAAAUAUGUGUCUAGCUAGAAUACAUUUACUUGGUGAAUCCAAUAUUAAACAACAAUGCUAUAAUAAGCUAUUGGCAUUUAUAUUAUCUGAACCGGCUUUUGAUUAUCUGCGUACUAAAGAAACUUUAGGAUAUACUGUUUAUCUCCGAUAUUGGCGAUCAUCUCCUGGUGGUACAUUACAUUCAGGUAUCAGUUUAGUAGCAUAUAGUCCAGCUAAUAAAUAUUCCAUUGAUUAUGUCGCUGGAAGAUUGACUGCUUUCUGGCGUCGAAUAGCUCCAAGGAUUAUUGCUGCUAUGCCAUCGGAAACGUUUAAGACGUCAGUAGAAUCAUUGAUAUCUGUGCAUCAAUUAGAAGAUCCCAAUAUGAUGACAGAAUUUGAAAGAAAUUGGGAUGAAAUUAUGGAAAGUACAGCGAAUUUUAAUUAUCGUGAAGAAUGUGUGAAAAUUUUGUCAACUAUUACUCAAGAAAGUCUAUUGAAUUUCUUCUUAACGGAAUAUUUGGAUGUUAAAAAACAACGUUCUUUAUUUGUACAGGUUGAUGCAAUUGCCAAUCCAGAAUUGACCAAAACUACUGUCUCCAAUUCUUAUUGUUUAGAUUUUGAUACAAUUGAUACGAAUUGGGAAACAUUGAAAAAUGAAUAUACAAGUAUAAACAGUAUUGAUAUAGCAAACGCUUUGAUAACAUGUGGUUAUGAUGAAAAACAAGCAAUGGAUUUUAUGAUGAAAUCGUAUUCUAAUAAUAAUGGUAAUACAAUUGAUAACAGUCUACUAUUGGAGCAUGGAGAAAAUGAAGCGAACGAGCAAAAGGCUAUGAUUUUCAUAAAUAAUUUGUUUAAAUUCCGUUCAACUAUUCAAUAUCAAAUUGGUCGAAACGUUUAAGAAGAAUUGUUGUCAUUGUAGUAUUCUUUCCCUCCAAAAAAAGAGAACAAACUUUGACUUCAAAUGGUGUAAUGUAUAACAUUUUCUUCAUAUUUGAGAAACGUACAUUAUUAGCAUAAUUCAUUUUCUUUGCUUUAUCAACACGGUGAUAAUUCACGCUUCCUACGUCUAUAUGAUGUGAUUACAAUUAACUUGGUAUUUAUGUAUCUGUGUGUUAGGGGCGCCAGGGUGAUUAAUUCGAAUUUCGCCAUAUUUAAUAAGCUUGUAUUAAUAGUUGUUCUUUUUUAUUCCUCAUCUUUGUAUUAAACCUAUUUGCUGUUCUCGUCUUUUCGUUUAUGUUUGUACAUAUGUUCAUCUGUACUACUGUACCGUUGAUGAAUAUAUAAAUUCGAUAGGCAAAUAUAUGCAUACAUUUGAC